AAAAGAUUGAUCACCAAAUCUUCAAAGCAAUCUCUGAUGGGGAUGGUCUGGAUGGAUACCAUCAAAUCCCUUCAAAGUUUGCACAAUCACAAUAAUCCAAAUCUAAAUCCAAAGAUAACACAGUACCCUUUUACUUGAUUUUUUUGUGGAAGGGACAGCCGGACAGCUUUUCUUGGGUAUGGUUAAAUGGGUAUAAAAUCUGUCGUACUCAUUACAGAAUUAAAAAAAGGAGAUAAGAAGUGUUUAUAAGACCAAAGCCAGUGCUGGUUUCUGGGUAGUGACAAGAUUGGAGAGAGAGUAACGGAGAUGGUGGAGAGUUGGAGAGAGGUGGUGGUGGUGGUGGUGCUUACAGUCUACAUUUUGGGGUUCGAGCCCCGAUGUGUUAAUGGUGACACAGAUCAAGGAGAUGCUUCUGCCCUGGGAGUCAUGUUUAGUAGUUUGAAUUCACCAUCACAGCUAUCACAGUGGGUUCCAAGUGGUGGUGAUCCAUGUGGGCAGUCCUGGAAAGGGGUUACUUGCUCUGGCCAACGGGUUACAGAAAUUAAACUCUCUGGUCUUGAACUCUCUGGAUCAUUGGGUUACCAGCUUGGAAGUUUGACAGCGUUGACUGAACUGGACUUUAGCUAUAAUAGUCUUGCUGGUGACAUGCCUUAUGGUCUUCCUCCAAAUUUGCAGCGACUAAAUCUUGCUAAUAAUCAAUUUAAUCAAGGCCCCCCUUAUUCCAUCUACUCAAUGACCACCCUUAAAUAUUUAAAUCUUGGUCAUAAUCAGCUACAGGGCCAGCUGUUGGACAUCUUUGGAAAUCUUUCUUCCCUCACUACACUAGACCUCUCUUUCAAUUCAUUUACUGGUAAUCUCCCUGAGAGUUUCAGCAACCUUACCAGUAUCACUGCAAUGUAUCUGCAAAACAACCAGUUUGCAGGAACUAUUGAUGUCCUUGCCAAUCUUCCUCUUGAAAACCUGAAUGUUGCAAAUAAUCAUUUUACAGGUUGGGUUCCAGAACGGUUGAAGAAUAUCAAUAUACAGAAGGACGGUAAUGCAUGGAGCUCAGGUCCUGCUCCUUCACCACCUCCUGGUACCCCACCUCCUGGUACCCAACUUCCUAGAAGCAACAGUAAUAAUAAAUCUGAUAGCAACAAUUCUCCUUCGGAUGAUGGUUCUGCUGCUGGUUCUGCUGGUGGUGGUGGUGGUGGUGGUAGUAGUAGCAAAUCAGGUAUAGGAGGCGGUAGCAUUGCUGGAAUAAUUAUUUCCAUUGUUGUUGCUGGGGGUAUAAUAGCAUUCUUCCUAGUAAAGAAAAGAUCCAGGAAGUCAUCCUCAGAUAUGGAAAAGCUCCACAAUCGGUCCUUUGCUCCCGUUCCUUCUAGUGAAGUGCAAGAAUUGAAGUCCAUUCAGUCUUCCUCCUCAGUUAAAACAAAAACCUUUGAUGUGUCUGCUUCAAUAAAUCUUCGACCCCCACCAGCUGAGCGGCACAAAUCAUUUGAUGAAGAGGAUUUUUCAAAAAAGCCUGUAGUUGUGAAGAAAAUUGUACCACCUCCUACAGACGUUACAGCAUAUUCGAUAGCAGACCUCCAGAUGGCUACUGGCAGCUUCAGUGUUGAAAAUCUUCUUGGUGAAGGGUCUUUUGGAUGUGUUUAUCGAGCUCAGUUCAAUGAUGGCAAGGUUCUAGCUGUGAAGAAAAUAGAUUCAUCAGUUUUUCAUGCUGAACUGUCUGAUGAUUUUAUUGAGAUAGUUUCAAACAUCUCCAAGUUGCACCACCCAAAUGUUACAGAGCUUGAAGGUUAUUGUUCGGAGCAUGGACAGCACCUUCUCGUCUAUGAGUUUCAUAAAAAUGGUUCACUGCAUGACUUUCUGCAUCUACUAGAUGAGUACAGCAAGCCAUUGAUAUGGAACUCCCGUGUCAAGAUUGCUUUGGGGAUGGCCCGUGCACUAGAGUACCUUCACGAAGUAUGUGCACCAUCUAUUGUUCACAAAAACAUCAAGUCAGCCAACAUCUUACUGGAUUCAGAGCUUAAUCCUCACCUUGCUGACUCUGGCCUGGCAAGCUUCAUCCCAAAUGGAGAACAGGCACUGAAUCGUGAUGAUGCAGGGUCAGGUUACAGUGCUCCUGAGGUUGUCAUGUCUGGUCAGCAUUCUCUAAAGAGUGAUGUUUACAGCUUUGGAGUGGUUAUGUUGGAACUUCUCACUGGGCGUAAACCAUUUGAUAGCACCAGGCCAAGAUUAGAACAAUCUUUGGUUCGAUGGGCAACCCCUCAGCUCCAUGACAUUGAUGCAUUAUCUAAGAUGGUUGAUCCUGCACUUGAAGGGCUCUAUCCAGUUAAAUCUCUCUCUCGGUUUGCAGAUGUGAUUGCUCUGUGUGUCCAGCCGGAGCCUGAGUUUCGACCACCCAUGUCAGAAGUGGUUCAAGCAUUGGUUCGGUUGGUGCAACGAGCUAACAUGAGUAAGAGGACGAUUGGAACAGACCAUAGAGCAUCCCAGCGAGCUGAGAACCAAGAUACGCACGACGACAUGUAAUUGCAACAGAAGUCCCGCUUUUGCUGUUCUGUUGACGGAGACUUACGAGAUGUGUAAUCAUGUUUAAUAUUUUUGUUCCAUUACACUCAAUGAAGAGUGUUAAUCAUGUUACUCCUAACUCAACUCCGGCCCCAACCCCACAAUCUGUAAAAUGUUUCAGUGGAGUUCACCCUGCUGCUGCUUAUGUCAAAUGAAAAUUUCAUUCACACCCUUUGAUCUGUAAAUGCCAUACAAUUUUAUCUUUACGGUUCCUAAUUUUGAUAUAUA